AGCUGGCAGCAGGCCCAGGCGAGCGGGCACCCGCGUUCAUGUUCCGCCAGGAGCAGCCGCUGGCCGAGGGCAGCUUUGCGCCCAUGGGCUCCCUGCAGCCGGACGCUGGCAACGCGACCUGGAAUGGGACCGAGGAGCCGGGGGGCGGUGCACGGGCCACCCCCUACUCUUUGCAGGUGACGCUGACCCUCGUGUGCCUGGCCGGCCUCCUCAUGCUGCUCACGGUGUUCGGCAACGUGCUGGUCAUCAUCGCCGUGUUCACGAGCCGCGCGCUCAAGGCGCCCCAGAACCUCUUUCUGGUGUCUCUGGCCUCGGCCGACAUCCUGGUGGCCACGCUCGUCAUCCCCUUCUCGCUGGCCAACGAGGUCAUGGGCUACUGGUACUUCGGCAAGGCGUGGUGCGAGAUCUACCUGGCGCUCGACGUGCUCUUCUGCACCUCGUCCAUCGUGCACCUGUGGGCCAUCAGCCUGGAUCGCUACUGGUCCAUCACGCAGGCCAUCGAGUACAACCUGAAGCGCACGCCGCGCCGCAUCAAGGCCAUCAUCGUCAUGUGGGUCAUCUCGGCCGUCAUCUCCUUCCCGCCGCUCAUCUCCAUCGAGAAGAAGGGCGGCGGCGACCAGCAGCAGGCAGAGCCGCGCUGCGAGAUCAACGACCAGAAGUGGUACGUCAUCUCGUCCUCCAUCGGCUCCUUCUUCGCGCCCUGCCUCAUCAUGAUCCUGGUCUACGUGCGCAUCUACCAGAUCGCCAAGCGCCGCACCCGCGUGCCGCCCAGCCGCCGGGGCCCUGAUUCCGCGCCGCAGGGGAGCGCCGAGCGCAGGCCCAACGGCCUGGGCCCCGAGCGCGGCGUGGGGCCCGUGGGCACCGAGGACGAGCCGCUGCCCGCCCAGCUUAACGGUGCACCCGGGGAGCCCGCACCCGCCGGGCCGCGCGACACCGACGCGCUGGACCUGGAGGAGAGCUCGUCGUCGGAGCACGCGGAGCGGCCCCCCGGACCUCGCAGGUCCGACCACGGCCCGCGGGCCAAGGGCCAGGCCCGGGAGAGCCAGCUGAAGCCCGGGGACAGCCUGCCGCGGCGCGGGCCGGGGGCGACCGGGCCCGGGGCGCCGGCGUCCGGGCCGGCGGAGGAGCGCGGCGGCGGGGGCGCCAAGGCGUCGCGCUGGCGCGGGCGGCAGAACCGGGAGAAGCGCUUCACGUUCGUGCUGGCCGUGGUCAUCGGCGUGUUCGUGGUGUGCUGGUUCCCCUUCUUCUUCACCUACACGCUCACGGCCGUCGGCUGCUCCGUGCCGCGCACGCUCUUCAAGUUCUUCUUCUGGUUCGGCUACUGCAACAGCUCGCUGAACCCGGUCAUCUACACCAUCUUCAACCACGACUUCCGCCGCGCCUUCAAGAAGAUCCUCUGCCGCGGGGACAGGAAGCGGAUCGUGUGAGCGCCGCCGGGUCCGCUCCCCACCCGCGACACCGUCCUCCCCCCGCGAACGGACUCGCGCGGGCCGCGGGCCGCGGGGGUCGGCGGGCGCGUCUACGC